UGGCUGAACCUGUGUGCCGGCCGGAAAGCCUGGAUUUGGCUAUGGCAUUGCUGUGUGGCCUUGGGCAAGUCACUCUCCAUCUCUGGGUCUCACUUCCUUCCCAAUCUGAAAACAAGAUUGGAUUCCUGGCAGCCCGGGCUUUCCUGCGGAGCGGCGGCAUGGAGGCUCUCACCACUCAGCUGGGGCCGGGGCGCGAGGGCAGCUCCUCUCCCAACUCCAAGCAAGAAUUGCAGCCCUAUUCGGGAUCCAGCGCUCUUAAACCCAACCAGGUGGGCGAGACGUCGCUGUACGGGGUGCCUAUCGUGUCGCUGGUCAUUGAUGGGCAGGAGCGCCUGUGCCUAGCCCAGAUCUCCAACACCCUGCUAAAAAACUACAGCUACAAUGAGAUCCACAACCGCCGUGUGGCCCUGGGCAUCACGUGUGUGCAGUGCACGCCGGUGCAGCUGGAGAUCCUGCGUCGGGCCGGGGCAAUGCCCAUCUCCUCUCGCCGUUGCGGCAUGAUCACGAAACGAGAGGCGGAACGCCUGUGUAAAUCAUUCCUGGGUGAGCACAAGCCACCCAAACUGCCCGAGAACUUCGCCUUUGACGUGGUGCACGAGUGCGCAUGGGGUUCUCGGGGCAGCUUCAUUCCUGCCCGUUACAACAGCUCCCGUGCCAAGUGCAUCAAGUGCGGUUACUGCAGCAUGUAUUUCUCACCCAACAAGUUCAUCUUCCAUUCGCACCGCACACCCGACGCCAAGUACACUCAGCCCGACGCCGCCAACUUCAACUCGUGGCGUCGGCACCUCAAACUCAGUGACAAGUCGGCCACCGACGAACUGAGCCACGCUUGGGAGGAUGUCAAGGCUAUGUUUAAUGGCGGGACGCGCAAGCGGACCUUCUCGCUGCAAGGAGGCGGCGGAGGCGGCGCUAAUAGCGGGUCUGGUGUUGCAGGGAAGGGCAGCGCUGGUGGAGGUGGAGGUGGCGGUCCAGGGUGCGGCGCAGAGAUGGCCCCAGGCCCACCGCCUCACAAAAGUCUGCGCUGCAGUGAAGACGAGGUGACUGGGCCUCCCGGGCCACCUCCACCGCAUCCACAGCGUGCAUUGGGCCUGGCGGCAGCAGCUAACGGCCCUGCAGGACCUGGAGGGCCUGGGGGCAGCGCGGGAGUUCGCAGCUACCCGGUGAUUCCAGUGCCCAGCAAAGGUUUUGGCCUCUUGCAGAAGCUGCCCCCACCUCUUUUCCCACACCCGUACGGUUUCCCCACAGCCUUCGGCCUAUGUCCCAAAAAGGACGACCCAGUGUUGGUCACCGGAGAACCAAAAGGCGGCCCUGGCACCGGGAGUGGUGGAGGUGCCGGCACUGCCGCGAGUGCCGGUGGCCCGGGGACUGGCCACUUGCCCCCGGGAGCAGGGCCGGGCCCUGGCAGCGGCACUAUGUUUUGGGGACAUCAACCUUCUGGCGCAGCCAAGGACGCAGCGGCGGUAGCUGCAGCAGCGGCCGCCGCCACUGUGUACCCGACGUUUCCCAUGUUCUGGCCAGCUGCCGGGAGCCUCCCAGUACCGCCUUACCCUGCCGCACAGAGCCAAGCCAAAGCCGUAGCGGCCGCGGUAGCUGCUGCUGCGGCGGCGGCGGCGGCAGCUGCUGGCAGUGGCGGUCCGGAGUCUUUGGACGGUGCUGAGCCAGCCAAGGAGGGCAGCCUCGGUACGGAGGAGCGCUGCCCAAGUGCUCUAUCCCGCGGGCCCCUGGAUGAGGACGGCGCGGACGAAGCACUGCCUCCGACCCUGGCCCCCCUGCCACCUCCGCCACCACCACCUGCCCGCAAAAGCUCCUACGUGUCAGCCUUCCGACCCGUGGUCAAGGACGCAGAGAGCAUCGCUAAGCUCUACGGCAGCGCGCGGGAGGCAUAUGGCUCCGGGCCUGCUCGUGGGCCAGUCCCGGGCACGGGGACCGGAGGAGGCUAUGUGAGCCCGGACUUUCUGAGCGAGGGCAGCUCUAGCUACCAUUCUGCCUCGCCCGACGUGGACACCGCGGACGAACCUGAGGUGGACGUAGAGUCCAACCGCUUCCCCGACGAGGAGGGCGCCCAGGACGACACCGAGCCCAGCGCACCCAGCACGGGAGGUGGCCCAGACGGCGACCAGUCCGCUGGGCCCCCAUCAGUCACAUCCUCAGGCGCAGACGGUCCCACAGACUCUCCUGAAGGCGAUAGCCCUCGCCCUCGCCGCCGCCUUGGGCCACCGCCCGCUGGCAGAUCCGCAUUCGGGGACCUGGUGGCCGAUGACGUGGUGAGGAGAACUGAGAGGAGUCCACCAAGCGGCGGCUAUGAGCUACGAGAGUCUUGCGGGCCCCUGGGAGGCCCCGCGGCGGCCAAGGUGUAUGCGCCUGAGAGGGACGAACACAUGAAGAGUGCAGCUGCGGCGGCGCUGGGGCCCGCGGCCUCGUACCUCUGCACCCCGGAGGCCCACGAGCCAGAUAAGGAAGACAAUCACUCGACGACAGCCGACGACGCGGACACUAGGAAAUCCUUAUCAGACCAAAGGAGUGUCUCCCAGCCAAGCCCUGCAAAUACAGAGCGAGGUGAAGAUGGGCUCACUUUGGAUGUCACAGGAACUCAACUGGUGGAGAAAGAUAUAGAAAACCUAGCCAGAGAAGAAUUGCAGAAAUUGCUUCUAGAGCAAAUGGAGCUUCGAAAGAAGCUGGAGCGGGAAUUCCAGAGUCUCAAAGAUAAUUUUCAGGAUCAAAUGAAGAGGGAAUUGGCUUAUCGGGAAGAAAUGGUGCAACAGCUGCAAAUUGUCAGAGAUACCCUAUGUAACGAACUGGAUCAGGAGAGGAAGGCGCGCUAUGCCAUCCAGCAGAAAUUAAAAGAAGCUCACGACGCCCUCCACCACUUCUCCUGCAAGAUGCUGACACCCCGGCACUGCACCGGCAACUGCUCCUUCAAGCCCCCGCUGUUGCCCUAGCGCCGGCUUGGCCGCUCCCACGCGCCCUCAAGCCAUGCUGCUCCUUUCUGUAAAUACCCGCUGCCGUGGCGGCCCAGAGCGAGGAACAAGCCAUUAGGACCCGACCGUUGUAAAUACAGCCGCCUGCCCGCUGGUCCCCAUCCGGGCCCGGCUCGGUUUCCCACUGUAAAUAUUGCCUCGCCCCUCCUUUGAACUCCAGGGCAUCAGACCUCAAGGGGUAAACUGGACCCACCAGGGAAAGAAACGGGAGAGGGGAGAGCGCUUUCACACACACCCCACUCCAGCCUGAGUAGGUCCUGGGACCCGGAUUGUGAAUACAAUGUAGCAUCUUCGCUGGCUGCAGCCACGCGCUCCCCGUCCCAUCCAUCCACUCUGAAACUCUCGUUCCUAAAACAACGUGGCUAUGUGCAAUGGAUAUAAACGGACUGUGAGUCUCUUGGUUCAGUAUUAGGUUCACUUUAUUUAUGCUGUAAGUUAUUUUACUUUCCCCGGACCCCCUUUCAGUCCUCAUUUUGCAUUCAUUCCUCUUUGGAUUUUGCUUUGUGUUUUUUGUUGUUGUGUAACAUAACAGCACUUUAAAAGGGCGACAACUGACUCACGAGAAGGUGACCAUCUUGAACCUAUUUGGGGAGACCUGUAUCCGUGACUUUUGUUUUUAAUAAAAAGAAAAAAAUCUGUCA